GAGGAUACAGUCUUUGAAGAUCAGACGAUCCCCCUUCGAGGACAAUAUGAAGACCUGAGAGAUCAUCCUGUGAAGGCAAAAGAAUUCACGGCAUAAAUGAAGAGCGUAAAUCCAAAGUGACACAAAAACGACAAACACUAACGACAAGUCAUAGAAAAAGAGAAAAAAGAGGAAGUUACGCGAAUUUAUAGCAAGGACAUCCAGGCACUAGAUGGCAGGCGAGAGGUAGUUUAAACAGGAAGUCCUUCUUGUUUUUGAAACGCAAGUACCGUCGUGAUUCUUGAGGCCAUUGAAAAUGAAUCCUCUGACUAAAGUGAAGCUGAUCAACGAGUUAAAUGAGCGUGAAGCUGAUCUUGGUGUGAACGACACAGCUUCCUGGCACAGCGUUUACAAGAACAGCGCCUGGAUCUUUGUCGGGGGGUUUCCAUAUGAGCUGUCAGAGGGCGACCUCAUCUGUGUGUUUUCACAGUAUGGAGAGGUUGUCAACAUUAAUCUGGUGCGAGACAAAAAGACUGGAAAGUCCAAAGGGUUCUGCUUUCUAUGUUACGAGGAUCAGAGGUCUACGAUCUUGGCUGUGGACAACUUAAACGGCAUCAGGAUUAAAGGCCGGACCAUCCGCGUGGACCAUGUCAAGGACUACCGCCCACCCAAGGAUUCAGAUGAUAUCGACGAUGUCACCAAGCAUUUGCGAGAAGAAGGCUGCGCUCCCAAAGCUCCAGUUUCACCCUCGUCUUCCUCUGGAGAGGAUGAAGAGCAGUUUGUGAUCCCUCUGAAAAAAUCCAAGAAAGACAAGAAGGAGAAGAAAAAGAAGAAGAAGAAAGAGAAGAAAAAAGAGAGGGAAAGUCGAGAAUCACGCUCCUCUUCUCCAUCCUCCAACGGGCCGACACUUGUCUCGAUCAAGCAGGAAAGGGAAGACACUGCCUACAACAAGUACAACCACAAGGGACCAACCCUGAGAGAGAGUCACCAGGAGGAAGAGAGACGACGGGACACAGACAGGCAUGAAAGUAGGAGAGAGACUGAAAGAGAUGACCGUAGAAGAGAAACAGAUAGAGAUGUGAGGAAAAAAGAAACAGAUGAUAGGAGGUGGGAAAUGGAACGGGAUGACAGGAGGAGAGAGAAAGACAGGGAGGAGAAGAGUAAAGCAUUGUAUGACAAGAGGAGGGAAGCCGACGGAGAUGAGAGGAGGAGACAGUCGGACAGUGAUGACGGUAGGAAGAAGAGGGGCAGGGAGGACAAGAGGAGAGAGAGUGACAGCGAUGAUGGUAGAAGAAAGAGGGACAGGAGGAGCGACAGCGAUGACGAUAGGAGAUACGAAAGAAGGAGAGAGGGAGAUGAGCGAAGAAGAGACAGAGAACGAGACAGUGGGAGAAGAGACACAGACAGGGAUGACAGAAGAAGGGACAGGUAUUGAGGUGUAGUUGCAUUUGCAACCACCAGAGGCCAGCGAUGUACAGCGAUUAAAUUUAAAGGAUCAGUUUGUUCAUCUGCGAGAUUUGUUUGAACACGUCUGUCUCGUGAAGACCAUUUUAAUAACAAGAAACCAUGAGCAGUAACAUGUCGUCCACCAACUGAUGCAAUAAGCUCCAUUGUGAAGACAUCAAUUCCAUGGAAGCGAUUGUGCAUGUCUGUGGAGCCAGAACGGCACCAGCUGCUUGGCGACACACAGGCGGCUGUUAAACUACAGAAAUUCUAUGACAUCAUUCUGAAUGUCUCACAUACAAACUGCUUCUCCUCACUGAAGAAAACAGUCACGCCCAAACUCACAUCUGUUCAUGCCUAGUCCAACCUGUUUUUUUUUUUAAUAAACUAGAUUUUUCCAAGUGUGUCUGCUUUCACUUCCAGAUGCAAGUCCCUGGCUUGGACAGAGGUCUCUUAGAUUUAGCUUACUACCAACAUGGUUUCUGCCUCAAGCUGGAAGUCCACCAGGGUUUGUUAAAUGUGAAACAAUAAAAUUCUUCCAUAAUUUCUCCAGUGCUCAUUUUAAAAGAAAGCCUCCUUAGCUCAGUCCUCCUAUGGUCCUUGCUCUCAUCUCGCAGCUUAAGUUUCCGGGUCAUCCCUCGACAAUUAACCUUUCUUAGAGUUCUCUUCGACCCCAAUUAACCUAACGUGCUGAAAAGAAAGAAAAUCCCUCCACACGAGUGGAGCGGGACACUCCCGACACACAAAUCCAC